AUGUUCAUAAUACAUUAUACUACGCAAAAGCAUGAAAAGCAGAUUAAUUCUUUUAAUGCAGAGACUGUUAAGCCAUACAAAACUGACAUUGACGAAGAAGAUUCAGAAGAGGAAUUAUACGCUACAACAAAUGUGAAAGGAAACGAACAAACCCUACCACAACUUUUGGUACUACCGAGUGACAGCAAAGUAGGUGAAUUUGAUGAAGAAAUGCCGCAGAUAUUCUCCUCUGCAUUAUCAUUAGUCCCUGAAGAAAGACAAAGAUUACUUGAAAUGUAUAUUCAUGAACUCUUACACGAUCUAUUGAAGAAUAUAGGCACACCAGUACUAAGAAGUAAUGCAAUAACUCCUCCUAAUAGUAGUACCGUAAAUACUAAAAAAAAAAUGCACAUGGACACAGAUGAUGAAAAUGCUAAAAUGUUUGCAAAAGAAUUCACCCAAAAACUUCAUGAGAAACUGACCCAGGAAUUCAAUGAAUUCGAUCGUCAAAUUAAGUUUCAUUUAGAAAACAUAAGUAGUAAAGAUGACAUUAUUUCUGAAGUGUCAGAUGACAUAAAAAAUCAUAACGACAUUACAGAUAAGCAUGAGGAUAAAAUAAUAGAAAACGAAAAAAGUGAAAAUGAAACUAAAGAAAACAGUAAAGAUGAUAAAGAGUUAUCUAUCAAACGUUCCUAUGUUAGAUUUAACGUUGAACCAGAGAGCAACAGGUUAACUGCUGAAACUAUUGCAAAACUCGAGAAGGAAGAAGAGAAGAAAAAUGAAGAAGAUGAACAAAAUAAAUCUGUGAACCGUCGACUUGGCGAACAACUUCUUAACUUCAAUGAUUCAAAUGAUGACAAUAGGGCAGACCAAAAAAAUGAAAUACCAAACAAAGAUCAAAAGAAAGAUGAACAAAACGAAUUUAAGGAUAAAGAUGAACCUCGCCGGAGUAGUGAUGAUGAUGAUGAUGACGAUAGGUCAGCCUCGACAAAUAAAUCAACAAGCAAAGAUCCAAAGCAAGGCGAAAGGAAAUAA